UUCCAAGCGUCUUUCGUAUGUAGUUGUCGUAGUUAGGAAUUAUCUCGAGUUUCUCAAAGAGGCUGUGUUGGGCUCAGUCUUGCCACGACUAAGUAAUGAAUUGUCAAGAGAAGGUCUAUCAUGGAGGGAGUUCUCUAUAAAUGGACCAACUAUAUUAGCGGUUGGCAGCCUCGUUGGUUUGUUCUCGAGGGAGGCACUCUCUCCUACUAUGACUCUCAAGAAGACGCAUGGAAAGGAUGCAAGGGCAGCAUCAAAAUAUCUGUGUGUGAAAUACAGGUUCACCCAUCAGAUUUUACAAGGGUUGAUCUGAUCAUUCCAGGAGAACAAUACUUUUAUCUCAGGGCUAUUAAUGCAGCAGAGAGGCAGAAAUGGCUUGUGGCGUUGGGGACUGCCAAAGCCUGCCUCACAGACAACCGAACCAAGAGAGAGAAAGAGCUCCAGGAAAACACAGAGGCUCUGAAAACAAAAAUGUCUGAGCUGAGGCUGUACUGUGACCUUUUACUUCAGCAAGUGAACAAAAUACAGGAAGGUUCUCAAGUGGAGACAGCAGCUGAUUCGGGGGAGACAGGGGAUGAGACUGGUAAUCUAGUGAAGUCCACUUGCACCACCUUCUUGAAGACCCUGGAGGAAUGUAUGCAGAUUGCUAGCCGGACCUUCAAUCCAGACCUCCUGAGUCGGACCCCUCCAGGCUCUCCUCCUGUGGCUACCAUCAAACCUCACAAGAUCAAACUUACUGAUCCAAGAAUUCAGCACCCAGGAGAAAAACAAAAGGACUCAAUAAACAUCUCAGGAAUAUCAGCACACGAGAGCGGACUAGAAAACGAACCACCUCCUUCUCAAGAAAACAUGCCUGCGUCUCCUACAAGAAGUGGUUUAAUGGAGGGCCAGAAAGAGCCCACAGAGCCUCGUAAUGGCUCUUCGUCAAGCACACAGGAGCCUGAAGAAUCUGUAGGAGAGGAGAAGGACAUCUCGACAGAAGAAGCGGAACUUCAACAAGAAAAACAAGAGGACGUCUCACCGGGCCCAACACAGAACAAAGAAGAGAAGAUCACUGAAGAAAUCCAGGCUGACUUGGAAGUGAAUGAGGCUCAGUCUGAGAAUAAACAGGAAGAGGAAGAUAAGGUGGACACAUUCUUCAGUACCAUGAGCCACAGAUUUAGUGAUAUAAUACUGGAGGACGACAGUGGUAUUCCCACACAAGCCUUUUUGGAUUCUUGCUAUGCUAUAGUACCAGUUUUAGACAAGCUUGGACCAACUGUCUUUGCUCCAGUUAAAAUAGAUUUUGUUGGAAAUAUUAAGAAAAUCCAGCAGAAGGUGGUGUCCGAUCCUGAGAGUUUCCCCACCCUGCAGAGCAUCGUGCUGCAUGAGGUGGAGACGGAGGUGGCACAGGUGCGGAACUCGGCCACAGAAGCACUGCUGUGGCUUAAACGCGGACUCAAGUUCCUCAAAGAAUUCCUUUCUGAAAUCAGUACAGGGGCAAAGGAUGUCCAGGGAGCUCUUAAUAAUGCAUAUGGAAAGACACUACGGCAGUAUCACGGAUGGGUUGUUCGAGGUGUCUUUGCACUGGCUCUACGGGCUGCCCCGUCUUAUGAGGGUUUCAUGGCUGCUCUGGUUUCUCACGAAGGCGAUGAGCUGAAGGAAGGCUUCACGACCGGCAUGCAUCGAGACCUAGACGUCUACCUGCCAGCCAUGGAGAAGCAGCUGUCCAUCCUGGACGCUCUCUAUGAGGAGUACGGCUUGGAAUCAGACGAGAUCGUGUGACUAACACGGAUACGCCCGCACAGCGAACAGAGCUUGCUUCUGACGGAGCUCGUCGGUUUUAGUGGUGAAGUUGUAACUCUUUCACCCGCUGUGUCAACCGAGCCCGAAGUUAGUGUUGGAAGACAGGGAGGUUUCUGCGAGGGCAGGGCUCGAAAAGCCUGACCAGUAAGAGUGUGUUGGAUAAUAUGGCAUAUUCAGACUCCAGUAACAGUCAUCCCUGUGAAAUUUAAAAUGCUAGCUGAGGGGGGCAGGGGUGUGAUUCCAAGUGUUUUCAGGGAACAGGUGUAUUUUUAGAAACCUUCAGUGGCAUGAUCAAGUGUUUUGAUGGCGUUGGUUGUAUGUUUUUCAUACACUUUUAGGCAUGAGAGUACAAGGGCGGAUAAGCUGAAGAUAUAGUUUACCUGGCAGUGAAGGUGUUCGUCGCAGUAUCCUUUCUUACAGUAAAACUGCACACUUGAAAUAUUCAAUUACUUUUGUUUAGAUAUUUGCAUCUCGUUCAUUUUAGACUAGCACAAAACUCUUAUUCAGCAGCCUUUGGGGAUUCAGAAAAACAUGCAGUGUGUUCGUAAAAACCAAGUACUUACGUUAAGUAUACAGACACUGUGGUGGGCUAUAUAUUUUUUUGCAGUGACAUAAUCUUAGUUUAACAAAUUCACAACGGCUCAAUUCAGGACUUGUAGGAUCAACUUGGUGAGAGGGACCAAAACAGAGUCUUUUCUUCAUGAUUUUGUGGAAAGAUUUCCUAUUAUUGAAAAUAUGUAGCUCUACUAAAGGAAAGAUGUCAUGGCAUUUCCUUAGUGACUUAAUUUAUUGACUUAUUUAUAUGAAUAUUAAUUCGAACUGUUGAUUUUAUUGUAAGAAUCACACUAUGAUCAAACCAUAUGAAUGAUACAAAUUUGUGCAUGUUGCUUUGCAUGGAUUAUGUUUUUAUAUUGUGACAUGAAUCUAGAUUUAGAUUACUAAAUGAUUUGCACAUAACAUGAGGAUGACUGUUCCCUUGGGUUUACAUUUUUAUUCUAAUUGAGUUACAUGAGGUUUUAAACUAAAAACUAAAGACAAACCAUUGGCUUUAUAAAUAUGUAUUCCUAGCGUUGUAAAUGUCAGAUUUAUAUGACUCUACCACUUUUUUUUGAACACGAAAGGUAUUUGGAAGUACUUUGGUAAACAAAAAGAUUAUGAAAUCAUGAGACAUUUCUCAAAAUCUCUUCUAUAUCUUCAAUAUAAGAUAUUAAAGGGUUACUCCACCCCAAAAUGAGAAUUUUGUCAUUAAUCAUGUCACUCCAAACCCAUAAAAAGAUUUUUUUUCAUCUUCAGAAAACAAUUUAAGAUACUUUGGUUUGUUACUGUGCCAUCGCCUGCCAAAUGACACUGUCAAGGCCCAGAAAUUGUCAAAAAAUGGUCCGUCUUCCAUCAGUGGUUCAAUAUGAAUUUUACGAAGCGACAAGAAUACUUUAUGUAUGCAAAGAAAGUAAAAAUAAUGGCUUCAUUCAACAAUUUGUCUCACGUCACCGUAGCACCAUUUUGGAGAUUAUCCGCUGGACACAAACUGUACGCUGUUCAUGUGUCAUCUGCAACAGAAGGACACAAGCAGUUCUGAACUAUUUGUUUAAAAAAAGUAUUCCCUGCCUCUUUUAUAACGAUACCGUUGAACCACUGAUUGCAGAUGGACUAUUCUGACAAUGUCUUUCAUACUUUUCUGGAACUUUUCAGUCACAAACCUCCCAGUUCACAUACAGAAUAUCUUAAAUUGUGUUUCAAAGACAAGUGAAGCUUUAGUGGGUUUGGAACAAAAUGAUGGUAGAAUUAAUAAGAAUAAAGUGGAUUAAUGACAAAAUGUUCAUUUAGGGAGAAAAACCCUUUAAGUGGCACAGUUUUUGAACUGUAUGAUGUCAGCACAUCUGAGUGUAUUUCUUCUGUUGAACAUGAAAGCAGAUAUUUAGAAGAAUGGCGAUAACAAAACAGUAGAUGGUAGACAUUGACUUCUAUAGUAUGAAAAAGGAAAGGAAAAAAUACUAUGGAAAGUCCAUGGCUACGGUCAACUUUUUGGUUAAUAAUAUUCUUGUUAAACUAUCUUCUUGUGGAUGAACUAUCCCUUUAAAUUAAGUUGAGGUUUUGACAUCCUAAGAAUAGCACACAGGAUCCAUGUUGUCAUUCACUAGUAUUAAAAUAUGUCUAUAUGGUAUGCCUUUUUAUAUGUAUUUGCUAAUUGUAAUUUUUAAAUUGUAUGUCAUUUAUACCAAA